AUGGAGUGGACAGGUGUUCAGUUUGAGUUUUGGAUGUUCUCCCCAAUCUUUUUGAAGACAUUGUGUUCUUAUGACAUUACUGUUGGGGGUCGAAAGUGGAGGGAUGUGCGCCCAUUUAUCUUGUGGGGAAUAUGGAUUCACAUGAAUAAGGUUGUGUUUGAGAAGGAUAAGUUUCAUGCCAAAUGGGUACUUGCAAGAGCCUUGCGGAUGGCACAUGAAUUUCACCAAGUUAAUACAGAUAAAGAUCAGGGAAGGAAGGUUAUGCAAGAAGUUUUCAUAGCUUGGCGGUAUCCUACAAAUGGUUUUUAUAAACUGAAUACAGAUAGAGCUUCUAACGAUUAUGCUUUUGCAGGUAUUGGAGGAAUCAUUCGAGAUUCAGAUAGAGAUUUUGUGGCUUGUUUUGGAAAGCACAUUUACAAAAACAAUCACAAUGUGGCAGAGGUAUGGGCGAUCAGAGAUGGGCUUAGUCUGGAUGUUGAGCUUGGUUUACGCCAUGUGGAAGUGGAGAGUGAUUCAGUCUAUAUAUGCUAUCCAGCUGUGCAAUGA